CACAUCUCCACUGUCCGAGCAGGUUACGGUUAGGGGCCCCGGCAUACUUAAACUAUCCUACUCCCACCCAGUAAGCUCUUUCAUCGCACACACAACACCCAUAACCAUCAUCACAACAAGUACAACCCGAAGACAUACGGAAACACUCUCCCAUCUUAAUUUUCUACGAACAAAAAGCAGAGACCAACUUCACAAUGGAUUUUGAUCCUCGUCGUGGAGGCGGUUCAUGUCCUGGCCGUCGCAACGCCUACAAUCCUGAAUCGGACGAUUAUUCUGGCACUGGCUACAGUGUCGGGAACCCUCGCAUGUAUGGCGCUCGCCGCGACAUGAAUGGCAGCCACCGCCCUACUAGUACACAUGGCAUACCCGAUAUGCAAGGUGCCUACAAUAUGAGCAGGUCGAUAGGCGCCAGCCCUCGCAUGUCCGGUCGUCAUCCCGGCAUGCGCGACUCUCUUGAUCCACGCAAGCAUCAACCUCCGGGCUCGUACCCUUAUGGUUCUCACUCUAAUCCAGACUUCGAGGAGGAUGACCGUAAAGACGAUCUGUACGCAUUCACGUCGAUGACUGAUGUACGUUAUGAAGAGAUUUCCAUGCGCCCACUGAACGGCGGUCAAGGCGGCUCAAAUGGCCGCGCGUUCCUUCCGCUUCACGAUCAUGGUCUUCGGGAUGACUCUCGUGCUCGUCACAACGCUCAUCGUGACAUUGGCUUUGAUGCUGAGGUCUAUCAUGCUCUGAAGACUCUGAGAAUAGCGGAUCCCACGGCAGCUACGAGCCUUCUCGUGAUGGGCGCCCUGGUAAUUGGUGAACAUCUCACCCUCUGGUAUCACUUGACAGAAAUCGAGCAAGAGCAGAUGGGCCACAUCGAUUCCAAAAAAUAUCGCACAAGCACAUUCGUGCGCCUAGCUCCCUUGUGGCCAUUCAUCUUCGAACGGAUGGUGUGCAGGACUGCGAGCCCUACAUUCGCAUAUGUUGCUUGUCCAGAUAGCAAGUAA